AUGAAAUCUCUGAUAAUCGAGGAUUGUGAGGGCAUGGGCAUUAGGUGCUUGUCAGAUGUUUUUAAGAAUUUUAUAAAUUUAAGCCACUUAUCUAGAUUGGAUAUUAUGGAUUCGGUUGGAAUAGAGUUCCUCUGGCAAUUGUCUUCUGCUUUUCCACGUGAUCAGCCGGAAGACUCGUCUUUUAGUCCACUCCGUGGUCUCGAAGAGUUACGCCUCUGGAGUUUGCCAAAUCUGGUUGGUCUAUUUUACGGAGAAUCAGAACCAUCAUAUUUGUUUCCAGCUGGCACAUUUUCUUCCCUUAAAGAGUUGUGGGUUUUUGACUGUGACAACAUGAAGCAGCUAUUCACAGUACAGUUGCUGCAGAACCUUCAAAAUCUUGAAACAUUAAGAGUUGAAGAUUGUGAAGGACUGGAGGAGAUAGAAGCAGAUGGCAAUGGAGUAGGACGAGGAGGAGGAGAAGGCACCCAAUUGACUUCAAGUGAAGGAGCCACCGCCACUGUCAUCCUUCCGAAAUUAAGGCGGUUGUGUCUGGAUAACCUGCCACAACUGAAGAACAUUUGCAAGGCAACCAUGAUCUGCGAAUCAAUUGAGGAGAUUGCAAUGUUAGAUUGUCCAAAUUUAAAGAGGCUGCCUUCGUUUCUUUCCACCAUCGACGGACCACCAUAUUUGCUUUCAGCUGGCACCUUUUCUUCCCUCAAAAAAUUGAGCAUUUCUGGAUAUCAUAACAUGAAGCAGCUAUUCACGGUGCAGUUGCUGCAGAUCCUUCAAAAUCUUGGAAAAUUAGCAGUUAAAGAUUGUGAAGGACUGGAGGAGAUAGCAGCAGAUGGCAAUGGAGUAGGACAAGGAGGAGGAGAAGGCACCCAAUUGACUUCAAGUGAAGGAGCCACUGCCACUGUCAUCCUUCCGAAAUUGAGGUGGUUGCGUCUGGAUAACCUGCCACAACUGAAGAACGUUUGCAAGGCAACCAUGAUCUGCGAUUCAAUUGAGGAGAUUGAAAUGUUAGAUUGUCCAAAGGUAAAGAGGUUGCCUUUGUUUCUUUCCACCAUCGACGGACAACCAUCUCUUCCCAGCAUUCUUCGUAAAAUCAAGGGAAAUAAAGCAUGGUGGGAAUCGUUGGAGUGGGACAAUUCUAGUGCCAAAAAUGCCCUUGACCCAUAUUUUACCACAGAGUGA